AUGGGGUGCUGUAGCGCUCGCGUGGCCACCUGGGUCUUGGCGCUUGGUGGAGCGGUUUUAGUGAUCUUGGGAGUAGUUUCCCUUACCGCCAUUGCUCAUUAUAUCGAUCAAAAUGUGGUUGAGAGGAGCUACAUUGGCUAUGAAGAGCUAAAAAACGGCAGCCGCGCCCUGAACGAGGUCACAGAAAAAUGGAUCAAGCCACCCUUUUCGAUGUAUUUACAGAUCUACAUGUACAACCUCGAAAAUGAAGCUGCUGUCCUGAAAGGAGCCAAACCAAGUGUCUCCCAAAUUGGACCAUUCACCUUUAGAGAGGUAAUGGACAAGAAAUUCUUGCAAUUCGCGAAUAACGAGACCGAAGUAUUCUACCGUAAUACAAGAACCUAUUACUUUGAUCGAACAAAGUCGUGUCCGGAGUGUCUGCUAACGAAGAAGGUCACAAUCCCGAAUAUCGUUUUUCAGAAAAUUAUCGAUCUUGCUGACAGCAGCUUCAGCGCGAUCAUUGCUUCCAUAAUUGCUAGCGUCGGCCGAGAGACACCGUAUAUUACAGUGACGGCUGGAGAGGCUCUUUUUGAAGGCUACGUCGAUCCUCUAAUUGGAAAAAUUUGCUCGAAUCCAGUGAUUCGGCCUCUCUGCAAAGGUGCCCAAAUCCCAGAAAGAAUCGGAUUCUUCUACGGGCAAAACAAUACUGAUGACGGGUUAUACCAUAUUAAAACUGGGCUAGAAGAUCGAUCGAAGCUUGGAAAGAUUCUCUCCUGGAACAACAUGACGAUCCUACCGGAGACUUGGUGGUCCAACAAACAAGCCAGAAUGAUUAACGGCACUGAUGGUCAGCUCUUCCCACCUCUCAUUGAAAUGUAUCAAGACCGGACGCUUUUUGCCGGACCAGCCUGCCGAACUGUACAACUCGCAUAUAGAGAAAUGGCUUCUGUAGAGGGAGUACCGGCUUAUAGAUUCGGGGUUCCUGAUUCGAUGUACGAUCCUACGCUUCCGGAAAAUAUUGGAUUUUGCAAUAAUGCUACUCCCACCUUCUUCAAUGACACUAGGAUUCAGCCAAAGGGCUGUCUCCCACCCGGACUCCUUGACAUCAGCCGCUGCCAACCCGGGAACCCCAGAGUCUACAUCGGAAAUGCUCACUUCUUGGGAGCACCAAAAGAAGUCCACGAUGCUGUGAUCGGAAUCCCGGAACCAGAUGCAAAACUCGACGAAACGAUAGUUGAUAUCGAGCCGACCAGUGGAGCAGUGAUCAAUGCUAUUCGACGAGCUCAAAUUAACCUGGGAAUGCGAAAGGGGAAAUUAGCCGCCCUCGCUAAUACCACCGACAUGAUCUACCCAAUCUUGUGGAUCAACGAGACAGCAUAUUUUGAUGAAGGAACGAAGGCCGAAUUGAAGGGAGAGUUGUGGAGGGCUAAACAUUGGGUGUUUGGAGUUGGCCUAUCCCUCAUCUUCGGAGGUGUGAUGUGCUGGUUGGCCUUCGUUGGGUAUUACAUCGUGGUUAACUGCUGUUUGGGAACCAAACCCGAUGAAGAACCUCUACUCACCGGUGAACCUGCCGAGGAUGAGUAUAUGGAUGCGUGGGACAUCCGCACGCCGAAGUUUACAGUUGCCUCAUUGGCGCCUAGUCAAGAUCCGGCUUCAACGAGCGCCGCUAACACAAGGAGCUUUAAAAAGGAAUGGGAAAAAUACCAAGUACUCCAGCUGGCAGGAGAAAUGAAGAAACACCAGAAAGAUAUGGAAUACGUCGCCAGGACUCGAAGCUUGAACUAUGACGUAAAGAUCUUGGCAAUGCGAGGCGAUGGUACGAAGAUCGUUCAAAUCCUGAUGAAGGAUUUGCAAAAGACGAAUUCUACAAGCGAGCGUCUUGUUGUGACAGAAGCAUAUAUGGCACUUGGCAAAAUUUUUGAAAAGAAUAUUGGGCAUACCGGGGAACCUGUGAAUAUGAUGCCACUCUUCAUCGCGACAAUCAACUUGUUGAACUUUGCGAAAGAAGUGAAGAAGCAUGAUCUGGCUGCUGGCCUUCUAUAUUUGUUGAUGAAGUUGGAAAAAUGGGCAGCUGCACGUCCAGUUGAUGAUCAUACAAGAACGAUCAGCCGAGAGAUAGCCGAUACUGAGCAUCGAUUCGGCGCGAGGAUUGGGUUUCUGAACAUGGCCAAAGUCAACGCGCCAUUCACCAUUGAAGAUCGUGGAGAAAUGCGGACCCGGUUGAUUCAACUAACUGGAAAAUUUGAAGAUUUGAGGCUGCGACCGGCUGGGAACGAUUACGAUACGAAUUUGAGACUCGUCGAUACGAUGCGAGAUCCCGUGCACUCCGAGGACUACGAGGGAAACCCAUUUCAAGUCCAGGAAAUGAGCCAGGAAAAAUUGGAAGGCCUGUUUCUGGAGCAACUUUCGGCCGAACAGAAGACUUGGAUUACUAUGCGAAAUCCGUGUCACGACAGAGGCGCUGCUCCUGCCGAAGAAUACUUGCGUGAAUUCGGUUGGAAGGAGAAGCUGAAGGUGAAAUUGGAAGCUCACAGUUUGAAGAAGGGGCGGAAUUCAUUUCUAAUGUCCUUGAUCAAAUUGAUGGGCGCUGAAUCGGUUGCUGGGACGCUUAAUGAUACCAUCAUCAAUUUGUUCGCAAAGAACACUCUGUUCAUUCCACGUGGCGUAUUUCACCGGACGAUGGUCAACGCGUUGAUUAUGGACUUUCACAAGAAGUAUCGGGAAUCGACUUUUGCUCAGGAUAAAGAGGUGUGGCUGGGAUUUUUCGAAGAAUAUUCUCGCUACUUCCUCGAUCCGAAUAUCAGCCGCCAAUAUAGCCAUCGUGCCUGGUGGAAAUACAUCACGGAAUUGAAAGGCGCCUCAAGCUUUACACAGGUCCCCUAUGCUCCGCUCGGCUUCCACAACUACGAACAAAUCACUAACCAAUUGGAGACGAUCCUUCUCGACACCAUCACUUACACGAAGAAAAAUGGAAAAGCAGACUCGAAACCUCUCCCUGUAUUUUCGCUGAAGAAUAUUUCAAUCGAAGCGUUGCAAGGAGAAGGGGAUGACGUUACAAAGGGCACGCUCGUCCCAGCUAUUUGUAUCGACUCUCCGCUGAUGAAUCGUGUCACGUUCCGGUCGUUUUCUAAGCUGAAUUUUGCAAGUAAAGAGCUGCCGAUGGUGGUUCCUCCUCGUCCCUGGAAUGACUACGGGUCCGGCGGCCCUGAGUACAUGUGGCCCGGAAAGGUCGUCCGGAAUCACCCGGAUUUUAUGGAUUUCAAUUCGAAUCAUGAGUGCCGGAAGCGGUUGUUGAAUCCGGAGCAAGGUCGUCCGGUGUGGGAUGCGCUGAACUUGCUUGGCUCGACGCCGUGGAAGAUUAAUCAGCCCAUGCUCGAUCUACUGCUUCAGCUUUAUGCUAUGAGUAAGAGUCGGGACAAUCAUGCGCUGAUCAAACGCGUCGGGCUGCCGAUGUGCCCAAAAUCCCUCCCGCCGAUACCAUCCAUGGAGGAGGUAUUUGGAAGGACGGUCUCGAGCGCCGAAAUGACGGACAAGAUGCGGAAGCAGUACGGGUUCCGAAGGUGGCUGGCUACGAAAGAAAGAAACGAAGCCCACAGUCUUCGAAGCUUCCUGCUAUAUCGCCUGACGCAAGCAAACCAUUUUCGCAACAACACCCUCUACUUUCCUCAUAAUAUGGAUUUCCGAGGCCGUGUCUACCCAAUAUCGCCUCAUCUAUCGCACAUGGGCGAUGACGUCAACAGGUGUAUUCUGCAAUUUGCACGAGGACGGCCGCUUGGCAAGAACGGGUUGCAUUGGUUGAAACGGCAUGUGAUCAAUCUGACGGGUUUGUACAAGAAGAAAAGUGUCGAGGAGAGGGAUAGGAUCGCUGAUUCGCUGCUGCCCCUAAUCAUCGACUCGGCGAAACGUCCUCUAGAGGGUGGUGACUGGUGGAUGGAGUCCGAAGAUCCCUUCCAGACCCUGGCGGCUUGCAUUGAAAUCAAGAAUGCGUUGGAAGCUAAGAAUCCGGAAGAGUUUGUGAGCCACCUACCAAUCCAUCAAGACGGUAGCUGCAAUGGGCUGCAACAUUAUGCGGCCCUGGGUCGUGAUGAAGAAGGAGCUGGAGAAGUCAACCUGCUCCCUGCCGAGGUUCCUGGCGAUGUUUACACGUCCGUCGCUAAAAGGGUCGAGUUGAAACGCCAUGAAGAUGAGCACAACAUUGAAUCCCCGAACCACCAAAUCGCCCGCGCUCUCCGCGAGGCAAUGCCGCAGGAAGUCCCCCGAAAAGUGAUCAAGCAAACUGUGAUGACGACGGUAUACGGUGUUACCAUGUACGGUGCUGUCCUCCAGAUCAAAAAGCAAUUGAAGGCCAUGGAGCUGACGGGAGAUGCCGAGAAGUUUGCUGCGUACCUGGCGAAGAAGACGUUCCUCUCGCUUCACGAUGCCUUCAAGAGCUCUAUGGACAUGAAGGAAUGGUUUCGCGAAUGCGCGAAGGGCAUCUCCCAGCUUCACCGCACCACCGAAUGGGUCACCCCUCUCGGCCUGCCGGUCCCGCAGCCAUAUUUGAGACCGCAAAUAUACCAUGGCCAACGAAUUCUCAUCCCCCUCGAGUCCAAGCAGGUUUCUGCCUUCCCACCAAAUUACGUGCACUCCCUGGAUUCGACGCACAUGAUGUUGACGACAUUGGAAUGUGCUAGAAAGGGUCUCACCUUUGCCGCGGUUCACGAUUGCUACUGGACCCAUGCGGCCAGCGUCGAGGAGAUGAACAAGCUGUGCCGCGAGACGUUCAUUCGGCUGCACACCGAGCCCCUUGUCGAUCAGCUCAGCGACCAUUUCCAGAAGACGUACCUUCCGGAAGACCUCACCCAGCACAUGCACCCCCUUGAAAAGGACCAAUACGCCAAUCUGUUCAAGCCGAAAGUGCCGCCAGGGGAUUUGGACAUUGAAAAGGUGCGAGAUUCUGUCUACUUCUUCAGU